AGCGGGUGUCAACAUUAGUUUUGUUAGUGCAAAUAGGCUGUUUGUUAGCGAUCAAUUCACAGUGUUGCAAACAGUCAAAGAAAAUGCAAAACGAUAUUUUGGAGCCGAUAUAAGUGUAAAGGAUUUUAUAGAAUCUAAAGCAUCUGCUUACGAGAUGAACAGUUGGGUGUCAGACCAGACAGACGGUAAAAUAAAGGAUUUGAUAAAAGAGGAAUGGUUAGACCACACCACUGUAAUGUUUAUAAUCAACGCUAUAUACUUUAAAGCCACGUGGGAGAAACAAUUUGUAUCAAGAGACACGCAGAAACAAAUAUUUUACCUUCCUAACAAUAAAAAGGCUGAAGUUGAAAUGAUGAAAAACAAAAUAGUUAUUCCUUAUUUUCGAGGUAUGGACUUCUCUGCGAUAGCAUUACCUUUCAAGGGAGGUAAUUUUGAUAUGGUCUUCAUUUUACCAAAUGAAAUACACGGACUUCCAAAUUUAGAAUCAAGGAUAACACCAAAGUUCCUGUCGGAUAUUUCUAAUGGAUUUAUAAAGAGGUUAACAUUUGUCUCUAUUCCAAAAUUCAAAUUAGAGUCGGAGCUAAAUUUGAAAAAUGAAUUACCUAAACUUGCAGUAGAAGAUAUUUUUCAACCGGCUAAAGCUAAUUUCUCUAAUCUUAUUGUUGAGAAAAGAGGAGGUUUAUAUGUCGAAUAUGCUGUCCAUAAAGCCGUCUUCAAUGUGAACGAAGCAGGUGUAGAGGGAGCUGCGGCUUCAACAAUUGUGGUAUUUUAUAGAUCUGGAUCAAAAUAUUUCAGGGCAAAUAGACCAUUUUUGUUUUAUGUAAGAGAUAUUAAAUCGGGUCUUAUUUUGUUUAUAGGAAGAUUCCAUCCACAGGUCAGAUGA